AUGGAAAAUCAUAUGACCAAUAUGGUUCCUCUUGAAUCCUCACCGCUUUUCGGCGUUUUCAGCUACGGCGGUUGCAGCAGCGACGGAGGCGGUUUCACGGACGGGAUGAUGAUUAGAGAAGCAACAAUUAACAAUCAAGAUUCUAGUGGAGAAACAUGCUCCGUCUCCGAUCCAACAGCAGCUUCUACUAGUUAUUACAACAUCUCUUCCCCUCAGGCCAACAAAGACUACGGAUCUGCCUCAAAGAGCGACGUCGUUUCUUGUAUUAACGUAGAAGAUGAUAACAAAGACAAAUCUUGGCUCCGUUUAGGUAUAGGCCCUGAGGAGAACAACAACAGAAACAACACGGCGUCGUAUAAGCUCCAACGUUGUUGUAGCAAAAAGGCAGGGGGAAGAGAACAUUCGUUAGAGCUCAGUUUAUUCUCCUCAUCCUCAACCGCGGCAGGAGCGGUUAGUAGUAGUGUAGAUCAUUCGCAGCCGCAGCCGCCGCAACCACUGCAGCCGCCGUAUUCUCAUGAUCAAUUGCUGACGAUGCGUGGAGCGUCGUUGGUUUACAAUCACCAAUUAGUUCGGCCUCAAACGUUAUUUAAUCGUGAUCUUUCGUUUCCAUCUUCAAAGCCAUGGAUGCCUCAAUAUACGGCGCCAUUUCGACCGUCAUCAUUAGGAAUGAUGAGUGAGCGUGACGUCACUAACAAUAAUAGUGUUACAAGGAGUUGUUGUGUGGAGGAGGGAGGAGCUGGACCAAGCUCGGAGUUUAGGGUUCUUGAUCCUCCAAGAAGACCACAUUCUGGUCUUUGGUUUCUUCUUCAAGCUUCACAAUUUCAGGAAAAGGAACCGUUCUUGCCUCAAGUAAACAAGAGCUACUUGAGAAUCAAGGAUGGGAGAAUCACAGUUAGAUUGCUAAUUAAGUACCUUAUGAAGAAGCUUCAAUUGGAUAGCGAAUCUCAGAUAGAGAUAAGAUGCAGAGGACAACAAUUAUCGCCGUUGUUGGCGAUGCAGCAUGUAAGAGAUACCAUAUGGAGUCCAAAAUCAUCAUUACCAUCAUCAUCUCCCUCUUUCACUUUGCUUCGGGAUUCAUCAACUAGUGAUCAUGUCAUGAUUUUGCAUUAUGUUUUUGCUCUACGUCUUACUACAAUGGCGUACGGUUCUUUUGCUCUCUCAUCGAAAGCUCUAGUCUUCUGCCGUCCUUGCUAUGGCUCCAUUAGAGACCUCCCUUUCUCCCUCCGAACGCCUACAAUUGGGCAUUGUGGAUGUGUUGGAGCAAUCGCAGCACCUAGAAAUCUGGUGAAACCACGCAAGGAAGAAAGCCGUGAUUUUAGUAGAGAACGGAGAAGUAAGGAGAAAGCGAUGCCAUGGAAGAAGUUAGAUGCUAGUGAGUUUGGUAUACAGAGGUCCAUGAUCCCUGAGUCUACACGGAUGGUUCUCAAUAAGCUCAGGAAGAAAGGUUUUCAAGUUUACCUAGUCGGAGGUUGUGUACGGGAUCUUAUACUAGAUAGAAUCCCCAAGGAUUUUGAUGUUAUCACUUCAGCCGAACUCAAGGAGGUACGGAAAGUAUUUACCCAAUGUCAAAUCGUUGGAAGACGGUUUCCCAUAUGCCAUGUUUAUGUCGAUGACAUUAUCAUAGAGGUUUCGAGUUUUAGUACUUCAGCAAGGACUGGUAAAGCGCCAAAUAAAGCCUUCAGGAAGCCUGCGGGCUGCAGUGAACGUGAUUAUAUCCGUUGGAAGAAUUGCUUACAGCGUGAUUUUACAGUCAACGGGUUGAUGUUUGAUCCAUUGGAUAAUGUAGUGUAUGACUAUGUAGGAGGAGUUGAAGAUCUAAGGAGUUCCAAAGUGAGGACAGUAUCUUCGGCGAAGCUUUCGUUUGUAGAGGAUAAAGGGCUUCAAAAAGAAGGUAACGGUGUUCACUUUACAGCUCGCAUUUUACGUGCAAUUAGGAUUGCGGCGAGGUUAGGAUUCAGCUUGACUAAAGACGUUGCUGUUUCUGUGAAGGAGCUUUCCUCUUCAUUGCUACUACUUGACCCUUCAAGAGUCCAGAUGGAAAUCAAUUAUAUGCUGGCGUAUGGGUCUGCAGAAGCUUCUUUACGACUGUUAUGGAGAUUUGGGCUCAUGGAAAUUCUCCUACCUGUCCAGGCAUCUUAUUUUGUUUCCCAAGGGUUCCGGAGGCGUGAUGGAAGGUCCAACAUGCUUCUGUCGAUGUUUCGCAAUCUUGACCGACUUGUAGCUCCUGAUCGACCAUGCCACGAGAUUGGGAUCUUAGCAUUACACAAGGCAUUGGUGGAUCAGCCUCGGGAUCCCAAGGUAGUAGCUUCCUACUGUCUUGCCAUCUACAGUGAAGUAUCUUUAUCCGAAGCCAUUGAGAUUGCAAAGAGCAACUCUAAACAGCACAGCUCAAACUUCCAAGAACUGUCGGAGAUUGUUGACUCAGACAGCAAAUUAUCGCAGCAGGUCAUGAGCUUAGCAGAUUCUAUAAAAUCAGCUGCGAGAAAGUUGAGUGAUCGGGACUACUUAGCUAACGCAAUGAGCAAAUACCCGCAAGCACCGAGCUCGGACAUGGUGUUCAUGUCAAGAGCAAUGUUGGAGAGAGUGCAGAAAAUGUUUGGAAGUGUGAGAAGAAAGGGAAACGAAGAGAGAGGUGUGCCAAGUUUAGACCGUAGGAUAAACUACAAGUCUCUUGCUCUUGGUGACUUUCACGAGACGCGUCGUGUUUUUGCUCGCAUUGUUUUUGAUACCGUUUAUCCUCCGACUUAA